AUGGACUGGGCCAUGAAGUGGUUACCAGAAAAAUAUCGAGAAGGUCAGUCAGAUUUCUUUGGAAAACGCGGUCUCAGAGGUAAAGGUCCUUGUGAUCGAUACGCGGCCGUGAUCAAAUCGCAUGUGCGUCGCUUCCUCGACGAAAAGCACAAUGUGACCAACGCCGUUGAAUUUGUUGAAGCAAUUUACACCAAUGAAGGCGUCCAAGGAGUUUACGCGUACGAGACUCGAUUGGAGAAAGUGACCAGCGGUCCUCCCUUCCAGCUUGUCAAAAUUAGUCUCUUUAACAAUUUCUCAUUCGUACCAGACGGCAUUCGUGUGCAUCGCUCAUGGAAAGUCGGAGAUGGUAAACUUAUUCUAUUUUCGACAAUAAAGCGACCGGAAAAUAUUAGCACUAUUAUAUGCAGUGAUAAACCAAAUGACAAAACCGUUCUGUUCGUAACACCACGAUCCAAAAGCAAACAACGCGAUUUGUCAAAACAAUCUACUAACAUCCGCACAGACACCUACGUCAGUCGUCUCUUCGACUGUUAUGAGGAAGGAUGUGUAAAGAAGUUUUUGAAUCCAGGAAAUCUCGUGAAGCAUCUCGCUACCGGGAAACAUCAGCGUCUUCCAGAACGUACUUCAUUACGGGACAGCGGGGUGCAAGUUUACGCUUCAAAACCCGAGAGAAUUGGUGAAAGAGAACUCGUCUCCGUUGCCCUUCAAAAUACCACCGGUACUGCCAACCGAGACUCAAUUAGACCCAACUUGACCGAUGGUUGGGCACUACCAAAAAUCCGAACAGUCACAUGGCUUACUUCGAAACAAAUUGAAUACUUGACAAAUAAAUUCGAUGAUGGUAUAAAGAAUAACAUACGAUGGAAACCUGAAGUAGUGGUUGCCGAAAUGGAGUGUCUCAAAGACAAGGGCGUCUUUGUCUUUGCCAAUGAUGAACUGUUGAAAGUCAGUCAAAUUCGCAGUUAUUUCUCCCGGCUCAAAUCCAAUCGGCAAAAGAAGCUGAAGGUCAAAGACUGCGAGGGGAAAGACGUCGAAGCAUUCAAAGAAGAGCAAGGCAUUGACGAAGUAGUUCAACGACGACAACUUCAGCAUAAGGUCCACAAUAUCGAUCAACUCGAACGCGCAAUAUCCCCGAAACGACCAACUUCAUUGCGGCAAAUACCAGCAAAGAGACACUCAUCACAUACCUAG